GAAUGGGACAUGGAGACAGUUACGUAAACCAUCGUCGGCGCGGACACAAAUAAGGCUCGCCUCUUCCAAGUACAGUCUUCGUCACCGCCCAUCAUCAGUGCUCGUCAUGUCUCUGCUAAGAACCAACAACCAUCGACGGCGCUCCCAGUCUGCAUCAACAGCAGCUCCACUCUCUCUUCGUUGUUUCGCCGACGACUCUUGGAGAUCUGCGACCAAGAGGUCCCGGCCACACCAUCCAUGUAGCUCAGUCAGCCCAGAUUUUAACUCGCCUUGCAAGUCAAAUGUUGAGGAUCCAAGGAAUAAGCGUAGGAGACGGGACUUUUCACCAUCCAGUGACAGCAUGGAUGAAACCGUCUUCUCCCAUUCUCUUCAUACAACUCGACCUACUUUUGCUACGACAUCGGCUGAAUUCCAUCUCUUCCCUGACCGCGAACGCAACCGUAUACGAAGGGCGUCCCGUAAUCCAUCUUCCCAGCCAGACUUGUCUCCAGAUCAGGAACCGACUAGUCAGGCCGAUCUGACGAGUCUGCAUGCAGCAGCCUUUUGGGAACUCCACAGAAGUGUCGCCGACAAUGGAGAGGGUUUUGUGCGGCGAAUGCGGGAUUACGAACAUACGCGAUCCAGAGCGGAUGCAUAUUCGAAGGCGAAGGAGGCGCAUAGGCGUGGACGAAAGAGAUCGUCCUUGAUUGUUUCCGCUCGGAAACCAGCUGUACUGCUUGAUGGCUCUGAUGCAGACGACGACGACGACGUCCAGAUUUUUUCUGGAGAGGUAUCGGAUGUUUUCGCAGGCAAAUAUAGCCACCACCACCGGGCAUCGUCAUUAGACUCCAAGGGAACUAUGUUCCAACGUGAAGGGCCUUCACGGCGUGUACCCAGUGGCAACGAACAUUGUUUAUCUUCUGCGGCGUCUUCAGUAUAUGCGUCAGACGAUGACACAAAAUUCAAUGUGACAGAUCAAUUCACUGACGAUGGUCUCCAUCAUACACCUCCUCACCCUUUUACUCCUGCCCUGUCCUUUACCGCAUCGUCGAACAGUUCAUCCAUCUCAUCACUUCCUCCCCUCCCUUACCCUACUCUGGAACUUUUCCCCCAUAUAGUCUCACCACGCCCGUUGACUUUACCGGCCUCGCGCUCUGAGAAGGCUUUGACUGCUCUUAGUUUGGCGAUGGCAAAUGGUGCUGGAAGUAUCCACGAUUACGAUGCCCUUCGAGCUGUACAGCCCGUUUCAGCUAUCGAGGAGUGUCAGGUAGGCGAAAUGUGGGAUUAGCCGCCAGGCUCGACAUCAUCAAGGUGGCGGAGGGUUUUCUUUAAGCUUGCAUAUUACCGAAAUUAUUUCUUGGUCUUAGAUGGAACCGCUGUACGAAACAGUUCGUUAUAACAUUGUCGUUAACGGCUCGCAUUCUUAGCACAACACAACAUACCACGACACUGUCGUCAACACAUCUGUACUAUGUUUCAAAUCAAAAUUUCUGUCUGUGUCAUAACUUGAAUGAC